AUGGCCUCUUCGGCAGCCAUAGAGCUCUCGUCUAUAUCACCUAAAGGAAUAACAACAAAUCCAUUCGUUACACCAUUACCAUCUUUUUCCGAUUUGACAAAGAUCGAUUCUUCAGUGAACAUUCCUACUUCCAACAGCUCUGCUCAUGGGUCACCUAUCCAACAAAAUCGAGGUCAACUUCGACUCCAAGAUGAAAAUGGGAAUGCCGACCAGAUGUCAAGGUUCGAUUUAGAAGAAGAAGGAGAAAAUGGAAGUGGAAGUGGAAGUGGAAAUGAACAAGUGCAUAAUCCGACAGAAGUAUUACCACCUGUAGAUGGAGGAUCCAAGGCAUGGUUAUUCUUGAUAGCAGCUACAUAUCUCGAAAUGAUUAUUUGGGGUUUACCAUUUUCUAUUGGUGUAUUACAUGUUUAUUGGACAAAUACUUUGUUUAAAAAUAAUCAAAAUGAUUCCACGAUCACUCUAGCGGCCACCCUCCAAACUGGUUUAUUAUACAUGCUAGUCGCCUUUUCUGGACCAAUCUUCACUACCUUUCCGAGAUAUACAAAAAUCUCUCAAGUUGUCGGCCUGUUGGUGGCUUCGGCUGCCAUGGUAGCAAGUGCUUUCGUUACUAAACCUUGGCACUUGAUCAUUACUAUCGGUAUCUUCUAUCCCAUGUUGAGUGCUACUUAUUUUCCUUGUGCGACAUUGGUAUUUGAAUGGUUUCACGCAAAAAGAGGAUUCGCUUCAGGUGUAAUGUAUUCCGGGACUGGAGCAGGAGGAUUUAUAUUUCCUUUCUUAAUGCAAGGUUUAAUCAAUAAAUUCGGAUAUAAAUCAGCCAUGAUUUCAUUAGGACUAGGAUAUGCUAUAACUGGAAAUAUCGCUUUAUUAGCUAUAAAAAGACGUAUACCUUUAUCUAGAUAUGAUCAGAAUAUUUCUUCUUCUUCUUCUUCUUCUUCGGAACCAAAUUCAAGAAUGAGAAGAAGAAGACCGAGGAUAGAUUGGUCAUUCGUCAGAAGAUCACCUUUAUAUCUUGGUUUCUUGACUAUCGGUUUGACAAGUAUGGGAAAUUUCAUUCCUAGUUUGUGGUUACCUUCUUAUGUUGAUGAACUGGGACUGAAGAAUCCAGAUGGAACAGCUUUAAUUGCUAUUUUGAAUGCUUCCUCUGUGUUAGGAAAUGGGUUAUUGGGAUAUUUAUCUGAUAAACUAUCCCUACGCUGGACGAUAUCUAUUUCCUGUGUAGGAAGCGCAAUGGCCUGUGCUUUCUUAUGGGGUUUCGGAACCAACAAUGGUGUUUUAAUCACAUUCGCAAUUAUUUAUGGUCUUUUGGGUCCAAGUUUCACUACGCUUUGGACUAAAAUGGUUGGUCUAGUGUCAAAGGAUGAUCCUGUAGUUACCGGAUUGACAUAUUCGAUGUUCGCUUUCAUGCGAGGUGUAGGGAAUAUGAGUUCAGGACCUAUCUCCGAAUCUUUGCUCAAGAUCGGUGUGCUGAAAGGUGCAACGGGAGCUUAUGGGUUCCAUAACUACGGAAUCUUACUCGUCUACACAGCUGUUACGAUACUUGUAGGUGGAGCAAUAGGGCUUUUCUUCCAGGAAUGA